GAGAGCCAAAGAUGAACUUGAAAACGGGACUCGCCCUCCUGCCCUUCGCCCUCUGGAUCCAGACGGUCGUCGCAGUCACGUUCAAGGAUCUGUACAGGCGGGACGGGGAGGAGAUGGGCUUCGUCGAUGGAUGGAUGCCGGCCCUCCAGUUCGUCGAUUCGCUCGUGGAGAAUUUAUUCCAAGAAUCGCCCUGCGAGUCGUCCGAACCCGAGGAAGGGGCCUGCAGAGCGAAACGGGACGCGAACGACCCGGAUCCGAUUCCCGACCAGAGCUCCGAGCCGGAUCCGGCUCCUGUCCCGGACUCCGGCCGAAAGUUGGACAAGGGAAACAAAAAAUCGAACCCGUCCCCUUACGUCACCUAUAUCUACUAUUCGCUUCCCCUUUUCAGCCUGGACCUUCCCCUGCCCUUCCCGCCAGGGCAGCUCACGGCCUUCACGUCGCCAGGGGUCAAGAUCUCCGAUUAGUUUUAUCCCUUUAAGUAUUGAGCGGCGCAUGUUAUUGACGAGAGAU